AUGAAAUAUCAGCUUCCUGUGUUGACCCUUGCAGCCGCUGUGACUGGUGUGCAAGCGUAUCAGCACCAACUCGAUGUCCCCGAUUCAGCAUUCACCUCAUGGCAGCUUCCUACUGCCGUUUCGGGACCAUGUGACGUCUCAAUAGGACCUGACAACUUCAUCUACGUGCAAGAAUUCUUCGCCAACAAGAUUGCGCGCUUCAAUCAAAAUACUGGUGAAUUCACCGAGUACGACAUUCCUUUCACUGUACCUGGAUUAGACAACUUCACCCUACCAUUGCCUAGCCACGCAAAGUUUGAACUCCUGUCUUGUGCCAUUCGUACUGGCUACGAUGGCUACAUGUACUUCAGCAACGGGGCCCACAAUCAGCUUGUGCGCCACGAUGUUCACAGCGGCGAGACCGUCGUCUUCACCCCUCCUCCUCCGCUCCUGAGUGUCUUGGGCAACCUUGAACCCUUCAAUGACGUGACUUCUGCUCCGGACGGAAUCUACUUCACCCAAACCACUGGCAACCAAGUCACGAAGUUCGAUUACGAGACACAUGAGUUCACCUCAUGGACUGUACCUACGCUUCUUGCAAUUCCUCUUGGCAUCUACUAUUCACAGCAUGAUGAUGGAGUUUGGUUCUUAGAGUUCGGUGCUUCGAAGGUCGGCCGUCUGGAUCGUCAUACCCAUGAAAUUGAAGAAUUCGAUCUACCUCUGGAUGCCCUGCAACCUCUUGUCAUGCGUGCCGAGACGAUAAACGAAGACGGCAGUUCGACUCUCUGGUUUGCAUGCACAACUUCAUCCUCCAUCACUGGAAUCAACACCCGAACCGGAGCCAUAACUCCUUACCUUGAGCCUAAUGCUCCCACAGAGACUGUUGAGGUUGCUCAAGAUUUGAAAGGAAAUGUGUGGGCUACGCACAUCUUGCAAAACACACUGGGCGUACUCAACCCAAAGACAGGCAAUGUCAGUGUUGUUGUUGAGCCAAGCGUCAUUCUGGACACUCCAGGUAUCACAGUGCCAUUUUAUGGCGAGAGCGGUAUCUUCGGGUAUGCUGUUGGCCAGCCACCAGGUCAAGGACAGAAAGAUAUUCUCGGUGACUCGAUCUGGUAUACGCAUUUCCUGACCAAUCAGUUGAUCAGGCUGAAUCUGACGGAUAUCGAAAUUCCUUGA